GAAGCUACUUGCAUCUAUCGUACUAAUUCCAAUCGGAAAACUCACGUGUUGUGAACAUUCUCACAGCCUCAAAGAUUUAAUUACUGGCAGAUGGUUGAGAAUCUCCAUUGACUCUGCUGCCCGAGACUGUUUGAUGUUACGAGAUUCUUAACCGCUCCCAACCGCGUUUCCUCUUAUUUUCUGCACUAUGCUACAUACACAUCUUCAAGAGUGCAACUCUCCUUUGUUGUCUUUGAUGAUACAGAUACAAUGUCAUUGUUACAACUACAGAACAAUCUUCAAAAAUGGAUAGAACAACAACACAACAUCUAUAUUGUCGCCUGAAAAUCCCUUGUUAAUUGAUACCAUAUUCUUCAUUCACUCUCAGGUCACUUACAUUCCACAGAGACGAAUUCAGAAUACUUCUUUUUCAAGAAAACUUCAAUUCAUAAAAUCCAUAACUUUCCGCCAACAUGUCUGCAGUCUUCGAUUACGAUGCAAAUCUCGCCAAAGUUUUGACUGACCCUGAACGACUUGACGAGAUAUACGACCCAUAUGAAGAUGCCGAAAAUUGUACCACCGGAGAGUCAGAAAUUUUGGCACCCAUAGAAUACCUCGAACGCGGCAACGCCGUUCUUGAAGCUAACAGAAUCGCUAUCAAUAAUACUCCUCACCGAGAAGUUGCAUAUCCCCAUUGGAACAUCCGAUAUGGCAUGGCGAAAGUUCUCACAGAUCUUGGAAUCGAGUAUGAAGGUCAUCACUGGUCUGAAUACAAUCUCUCUUCCAAGGAAGUUGUAAAACCGGAAAACAAGGAAAAGUAUCAACAUCUCCGUUUUGUUAAUGUAGCUCAAAUCUAUGCAUCUGCGAAGAUUGCGACUAUUUUCACCUCGAGCCAAUGGGCAUAUGCGGAUUUUGACAUCCCCGGCGUAGAUACGCCUCGUCUCUGGAAUAGCGAGCUCUUAUUCCAAGCAUGGCGCGAUACUUGUGCCGCACAUUCUUCCCAGAGUGGGGGGAAUAUACAAAGUUUGCAAGCUUUACAGAUGAAAAAGCUCAAGUAUGUCAUCAUUGCUCCAAUCUCCAAUGACGGAACCGCCAUAACAUUAUCUGAUGCACUCAAAAUCAAGGGACUUUCGAUCGAGGAUAAUGAACUCAAGAUGGUUACUUUCGCAUCCAACGACAUUUCCACAGCGAGUGCUGAGUUCAAGAUGUUGAUGGGAACUGCCAACGCAAGACCAGUUGCUAGAAUGCUUACUGAUCAUGCAGAGAGCUUAGGUGCGAAACGAGUGGUGAAAAUUCAUGCUUGUCUACUCAUGCCGGAUUAUAAUUCACCAAUGCUGGCUUUUGAAUUAGCGGGUGAAGACCCUAUCGCUCCCGCUCCCGCUCCCCGGAAGUUGGGCAGAAAGAUCAGUGCCAAGGUACAAAACUUGAUGAAGAAGUUUGAACAUUGAGAGGUGAUUUGGAAGGCGCUAGUCAGUCUUUUGAUGCCCUUGUCUUAUAGUCGUGCGCUUACCAGAAAAAAAACUUUUUAGAUUUUACUAGACAUAUGAAGAAAACCCACCCAAAAUUUGAAAAUUUAAAAAAACAACCA